AUGGCCUUGGAUGUUAAUGAGGAAGCAAGUGAUAAAGUUUUGGAGGUGGAACAGAAAUAUAAUGAGAUUCGAAGACCUGUCUACAUUAAACGGAAUGAGAUCAUCCAAUCCAUUCCAGACUUUUGGUUAACUGCGUUCCUGAGUCAUCCUGCUCUUAGCGAUCUUCUGACAGAGGAAGACCAAAAGAUUUUCAAGUAUUUGGUUUCAUUGGACGUUGAAGAUUGUCAAGAUUUGAAGUCAGGCUACUCCAUUAUAUUUAACUUCUCUCCUAACCCAUAUUUUGAAGACACAAAGCUUGUGAAGACUUAUUCCUUCACUGAGGAAGGAGUGGCUAAUAUAACCGCUACGACUAUCAAGUGGAAGGAG